CUUGGUGCGGCUGGGGACACCUUCUGUCCCUCUGGCGGUCUGAUGGUCUGACCAUGCAGCCAGAACCCGAGGCUCGGCCCGCAGCACCUCCUCUUCACAGACCAGGAGUUGUUUAUCAGAACCUUUUGGGUUUGGGCUGCUGGAGCGGACAAACCGCAGUGGUUCCGACAGCCAACCCCGCUCCGUAUCUCCAAUAAGUACAACAGAGCGGAGUCUGCGGAGCUCAGACCCAGCUGGACCGGGUCCUCAGGUUCUGUUGUUGUCUUUGUGCGGGUUUAAACAUGACGGUUCUGACUGUGGUCCUGCUGCUGGCGGGUCUGUGGAGCAUCAUGGACCGCUCCACUGCAGCAUCCUCAUCGUCCCGGAAGUGUGAGGACAGCUUGGCCACUCCUCUGGCCUACAGUGCCUUCACCAGUUCAUCAGUCUAUGGUCGAGAAUAUGGGGCUGGUUAUGCUAAACUCAACAGGAUACAAGGUGCUGGAGGCUGGUCACCUUUGGACACAGACCGAUACCAGUGGUUACAGAUAGACCUCGGCUCACGGAAGCAAGUGGUUGCCAUUGCUACACAGGGACGGUACAGCAGCUCUGAUUGGACCAGUCAGUACCGGCUGCUUUACAGUGACACACAGAACAACUGGAGGCCUUACUUACAGGAUGGAAACAUCUGGACAUUUGUGGGUAAUACUAACGCCGAGGAUUUAGUUCGACACGAGCUGGACCGUUCCAUCCUGGCCCGCUACAUCCGCUUCAUACCAGUGGCCUCAAGCAAGGAGGGACGCGUUGGAGUCCGUCUGGAGCUGUAUGGCUGCUCGCACUGGGCUGAUGUGAUCAGUUUUGAUGGCUCUGGCAUCAUCUCCAACCGUUUCAGGGGUAAAAAGAUGAAAACUAUCAGAGAUGCCCUCUCUCUGAACUUUCGGACCACAGCCAGAGAUGGUGUUCUGCUCCAUGGAGAAGGUCAGCAGGGAGACUAUAUUUCUCUGGAGCUUCGCAGGGCAACACUUCAGCUCAGCAUCAACUUAGGAAGUAGUCCCAUAUAUGGAUCCAUUCAGGGUCACACCUCUGUGAGCAGUGGCAGCCUAUUGGAUGAUGGUCACUGGCACACUGUUGUUGUUGAACGUUACCGUAGAAACGUCAAUUUCACGCUGGACCACCACACUCAGCAGUUUAGGACCAACGGGGAAUUUGACCAUCUGGACCUGGACUAUGAGAUCAGCUUUGGAGGACUUCCUGAGUCUGCAAAGCUGAGCUCAGGCAGUAAACAGAACUUUGUUGGCUGCAUGGAGAGAAUCACUUACAAUGGGGACAACAUCACCAACUUGGUGCGCAGGAAGAGGGUCGACACCUCCAGCUUUCGUAACCUGACGUUCUUCUGCUCAGAGUCCAACUUCUUCCCGGUCUUCUUUAACUCCACAUCCUUCCUGCGGCUGCCGGGUCAGAGUGACAGCGACACGCUGUCAGUCAGUUUGUCUUUCAGGACGUGGAACCCCAACGGGCUGCUGAUGUUCACCCAGCUGGCUGACGGAUGGGUGGAGCUGGGGCUGAUUGACGGCAGGGUCACCAUCUUCAUGAACGUCACACAGAAGAAGAACACACGGAUUGACAUUUCUUCAGGCUCAGGUUUGAAUGAUGGCCAGUGGCAUAGUGUCCAUUUGAAUGCUCUGGAAAACCAUGCUAUGCUGACAGUGGAUGGAGACGAGGCCUCAACAGUCAGGACAGCUAUUCCCAUCCAGAUCCAGACUGGUGGAACCUACUACUUUGGAGGGUACUUCCUGCACACAAACAGCCGCUCACUACCACGCUCCUUCCAGGGCUGCAUGCAGAUGAUCCACAUCGAUGACCAGCUGGUGGACCUCCGAGCCGUGGAGCAGGGUUUUAUUGGAACGUUUGAAAACGUCAGCCUCGAUAUGUGUGCGAUUACAGACAGAUGUGUUCCUAACCACUGUGAGCAUGGUGGGCGGUGCUCCCAGACAUGGGAAACGUUUAGCUGCAACUGUAGUGGCUCUGGCUACACUGGAGCCACCUGUCAUACCUCCCUGUACCAGCAGUCCUGUGAGGAGUACAAGCUGCAAGGGAAGACUUCAGGAACCUACUGGAUUGACCCAGAUGGCAGUGGCUCCAUGGCUCCUUUCAGAGUCAGCUGUGAUAUGUCAGAGGACUUGUCAUGGACCACACUAAGGAAUGAUUUGUCCCCACAGAUGGCUGUCUCUGCUGCAAACAAGGGCAUGAAAACAGCUCUGCAAAUUUCUUACAAUGUUACAGACGAACAGGUGCUGUCUAUCACCAGCAGAGCACACAGGUGUGAGCAGUUUGUAGCUUACAGCUGCAGAAUGUCCCGUCUGCUCAGUGGUCCAGAUGGUGUUCCAUUUACCUGGUGGGUGGGCCGAGACAACAAAAAGCACUGGUACUGGGGGGGUUCUGGACCUGGGAUCCAGAAGUGUGCCUGUGGGAUUGAAAACAACUGUACAGAUCCCAAACACUUCUGCAACUGUGACUCUGACCUGCGAACCUGGAAGGAGGAUGCAGGCCUGCUGGUUUAUAAAGACCAUUUGCCCGUCAGGGAGGUUGUGGUUGGUGACACCAGCAGAACUGGAUCUGAGGCCAAACUGACUGUCGGGCCUCUUAGAUGUCAGGGGGACCGGGACUACUGGAACGCAGCCUCUUUCAGCAGCCCAGCCUCCUCCCUCCACUUCCAGUCUGUCUCAGGACAAACCAGCACUGAUGUCUCCUUCUACUUUAAGACGUCCUCCUCUUAUGGAGUCUUCAUGGAGAGUCUGGGAGCCAGCAGCUUCCUUCACGUUGAACUGAAAGGCGGAUCAGUGGUCCUGGUCUCAUUUGAUGUGGGCAGUGAGAGGGUGGUGCUCAGUGUUCGCUCACAGAGUGCUCUCAGUGAUGACCAGUGGCACCGUGUGGAGGUGGAGAAGAACAUUAAGGAAGCUGUUCUGCAGCUGGAUGGUGUUCACAGAGACGUCCGAGCCGUCCCCCCACAGGGACACAGGAAACAGGACUUCUACACUGAUCUGUAUGUUGGUGCUUCACGUGGUCAGAGGGGUUUCCUGGGCUGCAUGCGGGCUCUUAAAAUAAACGGUAUCCUUCUGGACCUGGAAGAAAGAGCCCAGAUGACUGUGGGGGUGAGUCCAGGCUGUCGGGGUCACUGUGGAAGUUAUGGGAUGCACUGCAAGAACGGAGGGAAGUGUGUGGAGCAGUAUAAUGGAUACUCAUGUGACUGCUCUCACACAGCGUAUGAUGGACCCUUCUGCACCAACGAUGUGGGAGGUUAUUUUGAGACAGGAACCCUGGUGCGUUAUGACUUCCUGUCAGAUGCAGGACCCUCUCUGCAGGAGGAGGACAGAGCUUUACCUGGGGGAGGUGCGUCAGGUGAAGCCAACCUUACCCGGGAGGAGCUGGUGUUCAGCUUCAGUACCUACAGCGCUCCCAGCAUCCUCAUCUAUAUCAGCUCCAGAACUCAGGACUCUAUGGCUGUGGUGCUCAGACACAACGGCACUCUCCAGAUUCGCUACAGUCUCGGGGGGCUAACAGAACCGUACACCAUUGAUGUUGACCAUCGUAACAUGGCAAAUGGACAGCCACACUUUGUCAACAUAACAAGGAACUACAGGGAGAUCCGACUACAGUUGGAGCUGUUUUCCCCUUCAAAGAGGAAAAACCAAGGGGUGAUAAUGUGGAUCACAACUUUGCUGUAAUUGGGGGCAUCGUCUCCGCGGUGAUGUUCAUCGUCCUGUGCAUCCUGGUGUUUGUGAUCCGACACAUGUUCCGUCACAAAGGUUCGUACCACACCAACGAAGCCAAGGGAGCAGAGUCAGCAGAUUGUGCCGAUGCAGCCAUCAUCGUCAACGACCCGGCCUUCACCGAAACCAUCGAUGAGAGCAAAAAGGAGUGGUUCAUCUGAAAAGAUCAAAAAACACUUUCUUUUUUUCUCAAGCUGAAGGAACUUCAUGGAACUUGAAGGAUUCAUGAGUUUAUUUAAAAACUUUGUGCACAAUGGAGCAACCUGGAUGACUGAGUGGGUUUGGCAGAGCCCAUUUGUUCAAGUAAUUCUUUUCUUUUUUGAUGAACAGUGCUUCAAAGUGACAGCCUUUAUAGGACCGUGCCAUAAAAAUGAUCGGCCUUGAACUGAGCUGCUUUUUCUCACGAAAAUUUUGGUUCAGUGAUUUUUUUAUCUAAUUUAUUACUUCAGUUCAUUUAAACAUUUACAGGUUUUAUUUAUAUUAUUUAUGUAUUUAUUUAAAUCUAUCUGUAGUUUUUGUCUUAAAAUGAUGGCAUUGAUGGUAAUGAGGCGUUUAUUAAUUUUAAUAAACCUACAUGUUUGUAGCAACGCUGAAAUAUUUAGACUUUUGAAUUUGAGUAUGUUUGCCUUCUGUUUGAUCAGUAAAGUUCAGGCCUAGUUUUCAGAAUGAA